AUGGCGGGCAUCAGAGCGCUGGUGGGGUUGUCGUUUGGCGGAGCGGUGGGGCUCAUGUUCCUGAUGUUGGCCUGCGCUCUUCCGGAAUACCAGUCCGAGUUCCGCGAGGCGGCCCGCUGGAAGGCGCACGACGCGUUCGUGUCGUGCGUGUGCGCGCUGCCGCCCUCCGCCGACUUCCUCCCCGCGGGCCUCGUGGCGACGGGAGGCCACGACGGGCACGUGUGCGUCUUCGCGGCCGACGCCCUCGGCCCCGCGUCGGUUCCGCUCUACCGGCUUGAGGGCCACGGCUCCACCGUGUGCUGCCUGGCGACGGGGCGGCGACGGCGGACGAACGGCGGGGGCGGCGGCGCCGUGCCGGCGUUGGCGGGCGUGCUCGUGAGCGGGUCGUGGGACGCGACGGCGCGGGUGUGGCUCCGGGACAAGUGCGUGACCACGCUGCAGGGGCACGGCGCGUCGGUCUGGGCAGUGAGCGUGCUGCACAAGCAGGGCGCCAUUCUCACCGGCUCGGCCGACAAAUCCAUCAAGAUGUGGAAGGCAGGCCGCUGUGAGGUCACCUACACGGGCCACGAGGAUUGCGUGAGGGGCCUCGUGGUUCUGGGCGGCGGCGAGGAGUUCCUGUCGUGCAGCAACGACAGCAGCGUGCGGCGCUGGGCGCUGGCGGGGCCCUGCCUCUCGACGCUCUACGCUCACACCAACUACGUCUACUCCAUCUGCCUGCUGCCCAACACCUCCGGGUUCGUGACGGGAGGAGAGGACCGCACGGUCCGCGUGUGGCGCGGCGAGGAGUGCGUUCAGACAGUGCGCCUACCGGCCCAGUCCGUGUGGAGCGUUUGCGCUCUGCCCAACGGCGACAUCGUGGCCGCCACCAGCGACGGGCGCGUGCACGUGUUCACGGAGAGCGAGGAGCGAGCGGCGCCAGCCAGCGAGCAGCGCGCGCUCGAGGAGGAGCUGGCGGGCAGCGCCAUCGACCCCAAGACCGGCGACCUCGGCGACAUCGGCAGCAGCGAGCUGCCCGGGCGCGAGCACCUCGACGAGCCCGGCACGAGAGACGGGCAGACUCGCCUGAUCCGCGAGGAGGGCCGGGUCGAGGCCUACCAGUGGAGCGCGGCGAUCGGCGGUGACGGCGGCCGCUGGAUCAAGAUCGGCGACGUCGUGGGCUCCUCGGGGGCCACGCAGCAGACCUCGGGGAGGGUCAUGUACGAGGGCAAGGAGUACGACUACGUCUUCUCCGUGGACCUCAACGAGGGCGGGCGGCCGCUGAAGCUGCCGUACAACGUGAGCGAGGACCCGUGGGCGGCGGCCAACGCCUUCCUGGGUCGCCACGACCUGUCGUCCCUCUUCCUCGACCAGGUCGCCAACUUCAUCGUGGAGAACACGCGCGGCGCCACGCUGGGCGGCGGCGCCGGCGCCGGACAGGCGGACCCCUUCACCGGAGGAGGGCGCUACAUUCCAGGUGUUGGCUCCGCCCCCCACGGCACCCCCGGUUCACAAGCCACCGCACCCAACCAACGGGACCCAUUCACAGGAGGUGGUGCGUACUUGAGCGGUGCCAAGCCGGACGCCGCCGCCGCCGUCUCCAGCGCGUUCUUCCCGCAGACCAAGGUCGUGACCUUUGACCAGGCCAACGCCUCCGCCAUUGUGGCCAAGAUCAGCGACCUCAACAAGCAGGUGGCGGAGACUCUGCGUGCGUCCGACGGCGACCUGCAGGCCCUGCAGACCCUGGCCGACUGCGCCACUAGGCCGGAGGCGGGGGAGACGAUCACAACGUCUCAGCUCGAAGCCCUGGAGCUCGUGCUGAGCUGGCCAGAUGAGUUUCUCUUCCCCGCGCUGGACAUCCUGCGCCUCUGCCUGCGCCUCGACGUCCCCAACAAGCACUUCCUGGGCGCCGCCUGCGGCCCGGCGCAGCUCUCCCGCCUCCUGGCGCUCACCUCGGCGCCCGGAGCCGGCGCCGCCGCCCCGAUGCUGGCGCUGCGAGCGCUCUGCAACGCCUGCAGCCGCGAGCCCGGCCGUCGGCUCAUGCGGGAGCGGCGCUCGCUGGUGGUGGAGGGGGCGCUGGAGCUCGUCGGCUCCGACAACCGCAACGUGCAGGUCGCGCUGGCCACGCUGCUGCUCAACUACGCCGUCCUCCACAACGAGUCGUCCUCCUCCGCGUCGUCCCCAAACGGCGACGACGACGAGGCCAUGACCCAACUGCUGUCGGCGGCCGUGGCGCUGCUGGAGCGGCGACCGGACCCCGAGGCGUCGUUCCGGCUGCUCGUGUGCGUCGCCACGCUGGUGCUACGCCGCGGCCGCGCCGGCGACGGCGACGCCGCCCGCAGGCUGAGCGACGCGCUGGGGGUGAGGGCCCACGCCGAGCGGUGCGCCGGCCUGCCGGGGGCGCCGGCAAAGCUCACCGAGUGCGCGCGCUCGCUGCUGGCCUUCCUGUGAUGGGCGCGGGUCGCUUAGGGUGGUGGGCGGCGGGGUGGGCGGUCACGUACGGUGCGAAGAAAGCUUAAACGUGUCGGACAAAAUGGUUUUGCGAGUCCAGGACGUGGAGGCCACAGAGUGGGGGGAUUGUUGAAGAACGGCGGCGGUGGGGGGGGACGGGGCACCCGGUGAGGCACGUGGAGGGUGGGGUACAGUGGGACACCGCGGAAGUUUAGUGAGACGUGGGGUAGUUCAGUGGGACAAGGGGGGGGGGGAGUUCAGUGGGACAAAGGGGGGGGAGACACUGCUUGCGUGUCGUUCAGCGGACACGCGUACAACUUCCUUGACGCCGCAAGUCGCCAAACCGCACUGAUCGGAGGAGAGCGCGUGCGGCCACCUUGCGGCCACCUUGCGGGCCCCACGCGAGCGUUGGGAUUGGGCGCGUGGGGUGGACGACAACGACGACGCACGACAGGGCGUGCGUGGAGGGGGGGGGGGGCGACACGGAGAUUGUGGUGGACUCAGAAGGCCACCAAAGUUUGGGUAACGCCGCGAGUCGCCGCGGGGUUUUAUCUUUUAGUCUCCUGGUUAAGUGAUGACAACGGGCGCCGUUUGCCACCGAGUGACGUUGGCGCCCCCCGCGGCGCCUGCGCCAGGCUAGGUGCACUUUCAAGGCCGCCACGUGAAGCGUCGAAGGCUCGCUGC